AAAAAAAACUUUGCUCAUUUUUCAUUCCAUAUUUUCAUUAUUUCAUUAUAAUUCACACACAAAGAAAAAAAAGAUGGUGAGAUCACCUUGUUGUGAAAAAGACCAUACAAACAAAGGUGCAUGGACCAAAGAAGAGGAUGACCGUCUUGUUACAUACAUAAAUGCUCAUGGUGAAGGUUCUUGGAGGUCUUUACCCAAAUCAGCCGGUUUAAACCGUUGCGGUAAAAGUUGUAGGUUAAGGUGGAUUAAUUACCUUCGUCCUGAUCUUAAACGUGGAAAUUUUACCCCUCAAGAAGAUCAACUUAUUCUUAGCCUCCAUGCAGUUCUUGGUAACAAGUGGUCAAUGAUAGCAUCAAAGUUACCAGGAAGAACCGAUAACGAAAUAAAGAACUAUUGGAACACACAUAUAAAAAGAAAAUUGUCUCUCAACCAGCCUACCACUACAAACGUCGUAAACGCCAUCGAAGAGGCAAAAGUAGUACUAGAAUAUCCUACGCAAGUUAAAGAAUCGACAAACAGCGGUGGUGGUGGUGAUUUUAGUAGUAGUACUACUAGUGGAAUAUCGAAUGAGGAGUUUAUACCAAUGGUUAACAUGAAGAUGAAUGUGACACAACCUGAAAUUGAUCUCGAGCUUUCAAUUGGUUUGCCAAUUGUUCGUGAUCUGAAACCGGUGGUAACAGGGAAAAUGGCACCACCGGUUUCUACGUUUUCUUUGUAUAAAGAAAAGAUUAGUGAUGAGUGUGGGGGAAAUUUGAGAAUUAGUAGUGAUGAUCAUGGUUUGUUGUAUAACAAUGAGCAUAGUAUUAGUUUUGGUAGGUUUGACUUUUUGUCAAGUAGAUGGAGAUGAUGAUGAAGAUAAUGAUAGUAUUAUAAUUAUGUUAUUGUACUUAGCAAAUUAGCUAUUUUAUUAACUAUUAAGACAAUUUUUGUGCUUUUA